UGUCUUUUAAAUGAAAAACUUCAUGGAGCUUAGCAUAAAUUCCUGAAAUGAAUCUGUGAUCAUGCAGCUCUUGAGUACGUGGAAGGCAAUGAAUAUUGCGCAUGGAGAUGUAAAGCUGGAAAAUCUUCUCCUCACAAGAAGUGGAAGGGUGAAAAUUGGAGAUUUCAGCGCAUGUCAUGCCUUUGAGGAUGACAAUGAUGAGCUCUGGUCCUCAGGAGGUACCGUGGAACCCCUGCCUUCAUGGCACCUGAAUGCUGCCUUACAAUGUAUCAAAUACCUGGCUACUAAUGUUGCGUAGUUGAUAACAAAUAAAGUUUACAAUGGAAAAGCAACUGAUAUAUGGGCUGCCGGCGUUACUCUGCACUGCAUGGUAGUAGGCUACUAUCCUUUUCUAUCAGAUAGCUUACUAGAGACUUACAACAGGGUAACAACUUUGUAUUACCAUAAAAUCUUUCUGCUACAAUACAAUUUCCCUGCAUUU